AUGUUGUGGGACACACAAAGAGGUUCACCCGGAACCAGCGUGUUUGUCGGUGGUGGCAGCCAGGGAUGCAAAGGUGACGAUGAAAUGUCGAGGGAAGAUCUGAAUCGGGUAGAGGAGUGGUGCCUGGAAAAUAGCAUGGCUCUCAACCUCGAUAACCAGGCAGUGCGCAAACUCGGUCUGAUAAACAGAUUUUCACAGCAUUUCACUGAUAUACUCUCUUUCAAGACUCUCUACUGUACCUUGGUGCGCCCACAUCUGGAGUACCGCUGUGUGAUUUGGUCGCCACAUCAGAAAUAUUUGAUUGAGGAUUUGGAGAGGGUCCAGAGGCGAUUUCUCAGGCUGGUAGGGCUAAGGUUGGGCUAUGGAUACCUAGAGUUCUCUACACGCGAGGUGGCAUCAUCCCUUCUCCACUACCCGCUCUUGCAACAAGGCGCUUCUACCAUGAUGCAAUAUUCUUGUUCCUCCUCGUUAACUCUACUGUGGACUGUCCUGAGCUGCUGGAGAGGAUUUGCUUUCCGGGUUCCUGCUGGUACUAGAUCCCAAUAUCUAUUUGCUAGAUCCUCUGUUUCCUCAUCAUACUUGGCCAACUCUACGAUGCGGAGAAUUCAGCUUCAUGGAAACCUUCUUCCUAACCACAUGGAUUUCUUCGCUUCCUCAUUCCUAACCUUCAAACGGAAUCUCAAGACAUUUAUCAACCUGCAACACACUGAAACCUCUUAA